AUGUGGUGUUCACAUAUUGAAAUUACUUGUUGUAAAGCUACAAAAUUGGGUAGAAAAUGGAAGCAAAGCCAAAACGACCCCGUUUUAUCACUCUCCAAGAAGGGUAAAAGCUAUAAAAAUCACGGCCACUAUAGAUACAAUCACCGCAAAGGCUCCGCCGGAAAAUCGAAGCCGAAUUCGAAAGUGCCACCACCGUCCGGCGAGCCUAAAGAGAGCCCUCCGCCGCCGCCGCCGCCGCCGGUGAAGAGUUGUUCGAAUGUUUUUAAUGUGAUAGAUUUUGGAGCCAAAGGUGAUGGAAUUAAGGAUGACACUAAGGCAUUCCAAGCUGCUUGGGCUGCUGCUUGCAAGGCUGAGGCCUCAUCCAUUAUUGUCCCAGCAGAAUAUGUGUUCCUUGUUGGGCCCAUUUCAUUUUCCGGCCCAUAUUGUCAACACAACAUUGUUUUCCAGCUGGACGGCACAAUAGUUGCUCCAACGGGCUCAGCCCAUUGGGGGUCGGGCCUUCUACAGUGGCUUGAGUUCACAAAAUUAGUUGGGCUUACAAUCAGGGGAAGUGGGACCAUAGAUGGAAACGGCGCCGUUUGGUGGAAUAAUUCUCCGUAUGAUGAUGAUCCUUUGGACGACCAAUCAAAGAUCAUCUUCCCGUCAAAUUGGACAUUUAGCAAAAAGCCCCCUGUUCCAGUAAGAAGCUCACUUGGUGCUAAAAUGCCAAGCAUAAAACCAACUGCCCUUAGAUUUUAUGGGAGUUUCAACGUGACGGUGACCGGAAUAAGAAUUCAAAAUAGCCCACAGUGCCACCUAAAGUUCGAUAAUUGCAUCGGAGUCUCGGUUUAUGAUUUCACGGUGUCGUCACCUGGCGACAGCCCUAACACGGACGGGAUUCACCUCCAAAACUCAAAAGACGUGCUCAUUCGCAGCUCUAGUCUUGCUUGUGGUGACAUAGGUGGACUUGGAAAAGACAACACCAAAGCCUGCGUCUCUAACGUUACCGUCCGUGACAUUAUCAUGCACAAUACCAUGAAUGGGGUCCGAAUAAAAACAUGGCAGGGUGGGUCUGGAUCGGUCCAGGGUGUCCAAUUCUUGAAUAUCCAGGUAUCUGAAGUCCAACUCCCAAUAGUCAUUGACCAGUAUUACUGCGACAAGGCCGCAUGCAAGAACCAAACAUCGGCUGUAGCCCUAUCCGGAAUCAACUAUGUGGACAUACGCGGGACGUACACGGUGAAGCCCGUGCACUUCGCGUGCAGCGACCAUGCACCGUGCACGGACGUGACCCUGACGGGCAUACAAUUGAGGCCGCAACUAGAUAGGUAUCGUAUGUACGACCCAUUUUGUUGGCGGGCGUUCGGGAAGUUGUACUCACCAACGGUGCCACCAGUCGAGUGCUUGAUGGCCGGGAAGCCGUCAUCGAGCAACAAGAUUCAAGGGGAUGGAGAUUAUUGCUAG